UCCAUUUUGUAAAGCAUUACCAUUAGCCAUGGAGUACUCGCCGAAGCUUGCACUGCUCUUCGUUCUGGCGUCCGCGAUGGCGGCCGCCGUCGUCACUGCCCAAAACUCGGCGCAGGACUUCGUGGACCUCCACAACGCGGCGCGCACCGACGUGGGCGUCGAAGCAGUGAUCUGGAACAGCACCGUGGCGGCAUGGGCGCAGGACUACGCGGAUACGCACCGCAGCGACUGCAUGCUCGAGCAUUCUCCGGCGGGCCGUCCGUACGGCGAGAACCUCUACGGAGGAGCCGGCGGCGGGGCCAGCUGGACGGCAGCGGACGCCGUGAACUCGUGGGUGUCGGAGAAGGCGGGCUACGACCACGGCAGCAACACCUGCUUGACGGAGCCGUGCGGGCACUACACGCAGGUGGUGUGGCGCAAGUCGACGGACAUCGGCUGCGCCCGCGUCGUCUGCGACAGCGGCGACGGCGUGUUCAUCAUCUGCAGCUACUACCCACCGGGCAACUUCAAUGGGGAGAGCCCCUACUAGGGCUACGUUCCUACGUACUACAAAGGUCUAAGCCCGUAUAUAUGGCCUCUAUAUGGCCCAUGCAUAUGCGUAUAGCUAUGCAUAUAAAUAAUUGAGCUGUGACCAUAGUCGUGAUUAAGUUAUACUACGAUCAUGGAGUAGUAAUAACUAGCCACGCCAUGGUUUCACCGGUAUUGUACUCUCAUAGUAUUAUGUUUCAUGUAUCAGGCGAUGAUGUUGUAUUGUACAAUUGGACUUAUGAA